GACAAAACUCGGCAGUUCUCGUCGCGAAGCGUCCAAGUGGAGGAGGAAAAGGAAAGGAGAAGCGGGGAGACUGUUCGUACUGGCAAAGAAGAAAAAGUACAAUUAGAUAUUAACAGCCACCGUCGGCGGACAGUGAAAGCGGCACGAAUCGACUGUGAGCUCCGAGUCCGGCUGCUUGUCCUCAGUCUAUGGUGUAAACACAUUAGUGUAGUUGUGACAGGGCGCCGUGAGCCACAGAGCAGAGGGAAAGGUCUCCUCCCAGUCUGUUGACGGACACAGUUGGGCUUCAGAGGAAAGAGACAUAGCCAGACGUGACUGUACGGUACACCGGCCAGUGUUGUGUUGCCCAGGAUGUCUUCAAAGCCACACAGUUCCAAUAACAUCGCCCAUGCCCGGCGGACGGUGCAGCAGCUGAGAAUAGAGGCGAGCAUUGAGAGGAUAAAGGUAUCCAAGGCCUCUGCAGACAUUAUGAACUACUGCAGUGAACACGCCAGAAACGAUCCUCUCCUCAUGGGCAUCCCUGCUUCAGACAAUCCCUUCAAGGACAAAAAGCCCUGCACUAUAUUGUAGUGGAUGCCACUUAGCCUUUAUGUGUUUAUUUUUGCUUAUUAAUGUUGCUGUAUUCUUUUUUGUUGGGAGGAGCUGAGGGGUGGACUGUGACCGUGUUAUUACCGUGUGUUCGCCUGUUCUGUUAACAAUCCAGCCGUGAUUUUCUCAAAAGCAGCAGUUUGUAUUGAGCAAAGAAAUGUUGUGUGGCUGCCCCCAUUAGCCUGUAUUAUUCACUGUUCAGUUGAAGCUCUGACCACUAACAAAACUUGAGUUGUGAUGACAUCGGAUACAUUAUGUUACCUAUAUGUCGAAAGCAUAUAUUAUUUUCUGCACAUUCUGACGGCAGUAGAGCUUCUCAGUGAUGGAUUUGUGUCUUCGUCUGUGCACAGUCUCAUCUCCAGCAGGCAGCGACUGUUAUUUUUCUCCCUGGUUUGCCUUAAAUGGAUGCAUAGAGCCGAAGUUUCCCUUGACCUUUAAAAGUAAAUCAGUAUGAAGUUAAUUAAAUAAUAGUAAUAGCUUCAGAAACCAGUGCCAACUGUAUUUUAAACUUUGUGCAGUUCAGAUCACUAAAUUCAGGCUUCAGUGUUUAUACUGAGCUUCCACUCGAAUGCUACCACGAUGUAUUGUUGAUAAAGGUCGAAACACCUGGUGUUAAAUUAAUUGACAGUAACUCAAACUAUUCUACAGCUGCUCCUCGACAAUCUGCUUCCCAUUUAAUCUGCUGUUUGUCUGAUAUUCACAGUAUGAUUACCUGCUACAGUAUUCGGCUGAUUUAUUGAACCGUCACAUAAACACCUUUAAUCACAAAUCAUCUUUGUUCAGAUUCAGAUUUCCAAGCCUUUGGAAAGUCGGUUGUCCAUGUAAAGAUAAAGAGUGAAAAAAAUACUUUAUCACAUGAUUGCAGGGCAGAUUUUUUUUAACUGUUGACAUUGGAUAGAGAACAACACUGUGUAAUGAAAACGUUGGGACCAAGCCAAACCAACAAUACUACAUUUUAAAGCAUCUCAAUUUUGUCUGAAUAAGACCAUGUUAGCCAUUCCUUCUGAAAACCUUCUGUGGUACGUUUUUUUUUUUUUGUUUUUAAGAAUGCUGACGACAAAAACACGCCAGCAACACUGUGAGCCACGCCUACUCGCUCAUCACAAGUGUCUUAGUCCAGUGAAUGUGCACAUCUUUGUCUUUUUAAGUGUCGUCGGUACAAGCGCAAAUGUGUGCAUUGAUGAUAAAACCACUCCUUUUUUCUCCAAUUUAAACUCUAACAUUUGUGUUGGUGGGGGGGCUUCAGUCUAACAUGUCCUGCAUGUUGUGAUUAGCUGGGGGAAAAUAUCUGCUAUGGUAAAUUAACAAAAAAAAGAGAACAGAAUAGAUAGUAUAAAUUAAAAUUUUCUUCACUCUAAAGCCUUACUUAUGUUUUCCUUGCAUCAUGAAGAACACUCUUAAUGGGAGUACUCUAAAAAAAUGAUGUUUCUAUAAAAUGUUUUUAUCUGUGGGAUGAAAGUGAUUUGUAACAAUAUUGUGCCAUCUGUUUUUGUCUACAUGUCACUAGCAAAACAUGUUAAAUCGUGUUUCACUUACCUGGUGCUCUGCUUUUUUCAGCAGUUUCUGUUUUGUCACCUUCUCCAAAGUGUACUUUCAGGUCUUCAAAUCAUCGAGAUCUAGUGUUAAUAUUCAUUUGUAUUUUUUAUGAUUGUCUCUAGCAGUCAGUUGUUCUUACUUGCAAUAAAUCAAUCCUGUAUGCCUCCUAAAGAAACAUUCAGAUUGCCACUGCCAUGUCACGACUUCUGUCCAUUCACAGCAACUCUGUAACAGCCUUAUUGUACCAUUGAUAGAUUAACUGUCAAAAUCUGCAUUUUGAUAAAUGUCUUUAUUAAUAUACCAACCUUUGUAUGAAGACUUAACUAAGAUUAAUAAAGUGAAGCAUUCCUACAGUACAAUACUGUACUAAUAUCUCAAUAAAAAUGUGUUGCACAGUU